AUGUGUGUUAUGAUCCCAUUUGUUUCCUAUCAUGGUGAAUGUUCCAUGAAUAAGUGGGGGAAAGAUAGCUAUAAAUAUCCCAAAGAAUAUUCUGUACAGAUACCAGAAUCUCAUCAGAUUUAACCAUUCAGGGAAUUCCUGUGAACCUCCAAUAAGUGUCCAGAACUCUACUUUUUGGACUGUGUUAAAGACUUUACAACAAGAGAAGUAAAACCUGAAGAAGUCAAUUGUUCUGAACAUUGCUUACAGAAAUAUUUAAAAAUGACACAAAGAAUAUUUAUGAGGUUUCAGAAAUAUAUUCAGCAGAACCAAGCCCUGGCAGUUAAAGCAGGACUUAUUGGACAGCUGCAAUGGGGAAGACCUGCCGAUUGGCUCUGA